AUGCUCAGUACAGAAGACAUUAUAUUUAUGAUCAUAGUAACUGGAGAAUUCAUAAUAGGAGUAUUGGGAAAUGGAUUUAUUGGACUAGUCACCUGGAUCGACUGGGUUAAGAAGAAAAAGCUCUCCUCAAUUGACUACAUCCUCACCAGUUUAGCUAUCUCCAGAAUUUUUUUGAUCUGUGUAAUUGUAUCAAAUACCCUGGUAAUGAUAUUACAGCCUAAUUUAAUUCAAAAUGAUAAACUAAGGAUAGUCGUGGAUAUCUUCUGGACUCUCAGUAAUCACUCAAGUAACUGGUUUGGCACUUGCCUCUGUGUCUUCUAUCUCCUCAAGAUAGCCAAUUUCUCCCAUCCGUUUUUUCUCUGGCUGAAGUGGAGAAUUGACAGGGUCAUUGCCCACAUCCUACUAGGGUGCUUGACCAUCUCCUUGUUGAUCUUCCUUACCCUAGUAAUGAUACUGAGUUGUGAUUAUGAAUUUUAUAUGAUUACAAAACAAAACAGCAACUUCACUGACCUGUUCUCUGUGAGUAAACUUAAAUUACUGACUGUCUUUGCCUUGUUGGGAAUUGGUCCAUUUACAUUGUCAUUGAUCUCACUUUUCCUUUUAAUUAUAUCCCUAUGGAGACAUACUAAGCAAAUGAAACACAACGCUACAGGCCAUAAAGACGCCAGCAUAGAAGCCCAUGCAGGAGCCAUGAAAACUGUGACUUCAUUUCUCUUCCUCCUUUUUGUAUACCAUUUGGCUUUUUUUUCCUCAGCCUUUAGCUACUAUAUGACAGAAAAAAAGCUAACUCUGCUGUUUGCAGAGACUUUAGAAAUUCUCUAUCCCUCAGGUCACUCACUUAUUUUAAUUCUUGGAUAUAAUAAGCUGAGGCAGGCAUUUCUCAGGAUGCAGAUAUGUGGAAAGCAGCCUGCAUGA